CCGCUGCGGGCCUCUCCGGCCUGUGGUUUGCCCCGGCGCCUCAGUGCGCUCGGCCAACGGCCUCUGAGAGCGCCCACCCGAGCGCCUUGGGAGCCGGCGGGCGGCGGCCCACGCCGGGGACCCUCCAGCGGGCCCAGGGGGACAGAAGUGGCUCUAAAUCCAGCACAUGCUUAUUGAAGCAAGUUAAAGGAUUUACUAUGAAGCAUAGAAGCAGAUAAUGCCAAAUAGCAAGCAGUAGUUGGUACACAUUUCUGGAAAAGCAGUGUCCGUGUUGUUAUGUACACCUCCAAAAAAUUUCAGAUCUGUAGGGGAAUUGUUGUGUAAAGUAAACUGAACUACAGGGUAGCAGUGUUUUGGUAGCUAUUAUAGACGUGUAUUUACUGUAUUAAAAAUGAGUAAAAGAACAAGCAAUGACACACCACUAGGAAGAGUGAGUGGGGCAGCGUUUCCUUCUCCCACUGCUGCAGAGAUGGCGGAAAUUAGUCGAAUUCAGUAUGAAAUGGAAUACACUGAAGGUAUUAGUCAGCGAAUGAGGGUCCCGGAGAAAUUAAAGGUAGCACCACCAAAUGCUGACAUGGAACAAGGAUUCCAAGAAGGAGUUUCAAAUGCUAGUGUGAUCAUGCAGGUUCCAGAGAGAAUUGUCGUAGCAGGAAAUAAUGAAGACAUUCCAUUUUCAAGACCAGCAGAUCUUGACCUUAUACAGUCAACUCCCUUUAAACCUCUGGCACUAAAAACACCACCUCGUGUGCUUACGCUAAGUGAAAGACCACUAGAUUUUCUGGAUUUAGAAAGACCUCCUCCAACCCCUCAAAAUGAAGAAAUCCGUUCCGUUGGCAGGCUAAAAAGAGAGCGCUCUAUGAGUGAAAAUGCUGUUCGCCAGAACGGACAGCUAGUCAGAACUGACUCCAUGUGGCACAGAUCAGAUUCUGCCCCAAGAAAUAAAAUUGCAAGGUUCCAGGCAGCGCUUUCUGCACCGGAGUACACUGUGACACCAUCGCCACAACAGGUUCGGGUUUGUCCUCCCCAUAUGUUACCUGAAGAUGGAGCUAAUCUUUCCUCUGCUCGUGGCAUUUUGUCGCUUCUCCAGUCUUCUACUCGUAGGGCUUACCAGCAGAUCUUGGAUGUGCUGGAUGAAAAUCGCAGUGUGAGAAGAAAAAAUGAAAUACGUUGUGAAAGACCUGUGUUGCGUGGUGGGUCUGCUGCCGCCACUUCUAAUCCUCAUCAUGACAACGUCAGGUAUGGCAUUUCAAAUAUAGAUACAACUGUUGAAGGAACUUCAGAUGACAUGACUGUUGUAGAUGCAGCUUCGUUAAGACGACAGAUAAUCAAACUAAACAGACGUCUACAACUUCUGGAAGAGGAGAACAAAGAACGUGCUAAAAGAGAAAUGGUCAUGUAUUCAAUUACCGUAGCAUUCUGGCUGCUUAAUAGCUGGCUCUGGUUUCGCCGCUAGAGGUAACCUCAGCUCUCAAAAAUAGUGUUUCAACAGCUGGACAUAUAAAGAAUUUGCAAACUUC